GAGGAGCCGCUGCCAAUAAUAAUCGUUUUUGGAGCACUGGAUAAUAACUGACUCAUAGCUGCCUUCCUACAUAUUACUGGGUGGGGCGCCUGGUGCAGUUUUAGGCAAUGGAUGCGCUUCGUCUAGCAAACACCGCCUUGGCAGUAGAUAUUUUCAAAAAAUUGUGCGAGAAGAGUGCAACGGAUAAUUUCGUCUGCUCACCACUAUGCAUCUCCUCCUCUCUGUCUUUAAUACGCAAGGGGUCGCAAGGAAACACAGCAAGUGAACUAGAGAAAGCCCUUCAUUUUGAAAAAGUAAAAGAUCCAGAUUUUGGAUUUCAGUUACUCUCUUCGGAUAUCUCCAAGAUAAGCUCAGCAAACUCAUUAAAAUUAUUGAAACGUGUCUACGUGGAUAACAGCAUUGAGUGCAAAAAGGAUUUUAUCAAUUCAGCCAAGAAACCAUACCCAUUGGAACUGGAAACUAUUGAUUUUAAGAGUCAAGCUGAAGAGGCAAGAACUCAAAUAAAUUCCUCAGUAAAAGAGCUAACUGAUGGUAACUUUGAGACUGUCUUGAAUGAGGGUUCAUGUGAUGAGAACACAAAAAUCAUUAUGCUUGGUGCAGCCAGUUUCAAGGGAAAAUGGGUUUAUACAUUUAAUAAGUCUGAAACAAAAGAAAUGGAUUUUCAUAUAAAUAAGAAAGAAACAAAGCCUGUGCAGAUGAUGCACUUAGAAGCCCGUCUAAGCAUUGGAUAUAUAAAUGAGCUGAAAACAAUGGUGUUAGAGAUGCCAUUUCAAAGCAAGCACUUUAGCAUGCUCAUCUUGUUACCUAAAGAUAUUGAGGAUGAUUCCACUGGUCUAAAAAAGUUGGAACAGGACAUGACUUUUGAAAAGUAUACUCAUUGGACCAAUCCAAGCAUGAUGGCCAACAGCAAAGUUAAAGUGUCUCUGCCCAAAUUCAAGAUGGAAAAUUCAUAUGAUCUUAAGGAUAUGUUGAAAAGCUUGGGAAUUAAUGAUGCAUUUAAUGAAGAGGCAUCUGACUUCUCUGAAAUGACGGAGAGUAAAGGCAUAUCUAUCUCUCAAGCUAUACAGAAAGCCUGCAUUGAAGUGGAUGAAGAUGGCACUGAAUCAGCAGAUGUGAGCAUGGAGAGGCGUUUAAUGAAUAAAGAGGAAUUCCUUGCAGACCACCCAUUCAUAUAUAUUCUGAGGCACAAUAAAACACGCACUAUUAUUAUGUUAGGCAGGUAUUGUGGCCCUUCUGAGGCAUCGUAAGCUGUUCAGCUAAUGAUAAAUCUUCUAAUACCAAUCAUAAGCCUUAUUCAAAGGCUAAAACAACAUGGUUCAAUAAAAGCUCUGUAAAUAAUAAAAAGUA